CUUCAUUUCCCUCAUUUUGGAAAAAGAAUUAGUUUGGACCCGGUUGAAGUUAAAGGGUGUGAUGACCAGCUGGGAAGAUGAGUCGGGGACAUCUGUGGCGGAGCAGAUGGGGCCAAACUGCAACUUUGGCAUGUCUCUUCCCAACUAUUCAGAGGAUACAUUUACCUCCCUGAGUGAAGAAGAAGAAGAAGAUGAGAAGCAGUAUGAGGACGACCCAUUUGAAUCUUAUGACUCAGUGGAUGAGUUGGAAGAGCCGGCGGCCUCUGAUCUGCCCAAGGGCGCUGGGCAAUCCUCAUGUCAAAAGGAUGAAGAAUUUUUAGAUUCUGCAUUCAUAGGAGAGUCUUUAACUAGAAAAUGGAUCAAUCUUCUGAAAGGCAACAGAACUAUCACCGAGAGAGCCAAACCUUCCAUGGAACCAGAUACUGCGUUACCAGGAAUUUCUGAAGGAUCUGAAGAAGAACUGGGGGCUCUGCAGUCCUUCUGUGCCAGCAGGAUUAGCCACCUUCGUCGUCAGAGGAUCUCAGAGCCACUGAGAAGAAGCAGCCCUAAGAAACAGAGGCCUAGGAUGGUUUCAGAGAGGCAGCUGACGGGAGGUGGCGACUGUGCGGUCCCUUCUGAGCUGGUCAACAGGCUUCAUCUGAAAAGUUUCAAGGAGAUGAUGAAACAGAUAGCAGAAACUAAAAUGCACCAACCUUCACAAUGCCCCUUUUGCAUGAAGAAAAGAGCAGAGUUUGCAGAAGUUGAAUUUCUCCGUCGAAAGAAAACUAUAUUAGACAAUGUUUUGAUUCAAGAGAAACUGGAAGACUAUAUGUACACCAAAGAUUCUCUCACACUCAUUGGAGAAAUACAUAAAAGUCUCCCUAAGCUUUCCGAAGAUCCCAGCAUUAUAUGGCAGGAACUGAAUAAAAGAGGUUGGCAGGAAUAGAUUUUGCCGGUGGGGAUAUUGGAGCAAAUAAACAAAGCAGGAGACGGAAUCUCUAUAGGCUGAGCAACGACAGUAUUGAGAAUAAUGACAAUUUGGAUUCCAGAGUCAAUUUUUACCUUCUGUCCCAGGGUGAGAAGAGCUGUAUGUGAUUGUUGAACUAAAUAAUGUAAU